UGGCUCCAUGAAAUUCAAAAUUAUUUGAGCCCCUCCACCACCAGAAAUUCCCAGAAAGGAACUCCUCUCUUUCCCUUCUCCGAAUCCUCCCCACUCAACUCACUGACCCUUGGGUUUAUUGUCUCAUAAACCCUCUUAUGUUGUAAGCUAGAUUGGGUAGUCUUCCUUGGGCUGUUGAUUUUGCGGUUAUCCUUCGAGGUCUUUGAAUCUAGAGGAAGAAUGUAUAUCAAGGAGAUAUGCUUGGAAGGGUUCAAAUCAUAUGCGACGAGGACAGUAGUCCAGGGUUUCGAUCCUUUCUUUAAUGCUAUCACGGGAUUGAAUGGGUCCGGCAAGUCGAAUAUCCUCGAUUCGAUCUGCUUUGUGUUGGGCAUAACAAAUUUGCAGCAGGUUCGUGCAGCAAACCUUCAGGAGCUGGUUUACAAGCAAGGGCAAGCUGGCAUUACUAAGGCUACUGUGUCUAUUGUGUUUGAUAACUCUGACAGGAGCAGGAGUCCCCUAGGAUAUGUGGAUCAUUCUGAGAUCACUGUAACAAGACAGAUUGUGGUUGGUGGAAGGAACAAGUAUCUGAUUAACGGAAAGCUUGCGCAGCCUAGUCAAGUUCAAAACCUUUUCCAUUCAGUGCAGCUGAAUGUUAACAAUCCACAUUUUCUCAUUAUGCAAGGACGCAUCACAAAGGUCUUAAAUAUGAAGCCCCCUGAGAUUUUAUCCAUGCUGGAAGAAGCUGCUGGGACUAGAAUGUAUGAGACAAAGAAAGAUGCAGCAUUGAAAACACUUGAGAAGAAGCAGACUAAGGUUGAUGAGAUAAAUAAGCUUCUUGAUCAGGAAAUACUUCCUGCUUUGGAGAAGUUGAGGAAGGAAAGGAUGCAAUAUAUGCAGUGGGCCAAUGGAAAUGCUGAAUUAGACCGACUCAAAAGAUUUUGCAUUGCUUAUGAAUAUGUUCAAGCAGAGAAGAUUAGGGACUCUGCAGUUGGUGAGGUGGAACAAAUAAAAGCCAAGAUUGUUGAGAUUGAUAAUGACAAAGAAAAGACACAGUUGGAAAUACAGGAAAUGGAGACAAAAAUAUCUCAAUUGACUGCUGAAAAAGAAGCUAAUAUGGGAGGGGAAGUAAAGAUUUUGUCAGAGAAAGUACAUGCUCUCUCUCAAGAUCUUGUGCGUGAAGUAUCUGUGCUGAACAAUAAGGAGGACACUUUAACGAGUGAAAAUGAGAAUUCUGAGAAGCUUGUCUGCAGUAUUGAAGACUUAAAGCAAUCUGUGGAAGAGAGAGCCAGUGCUGUGAGAAAUUCUGAAGAAGGAGCAGCUGAUCUCAAAAAGAAAGUUGAGGAACUCUCAAAGAGUUUGGAAGAACAUGAGAAGGAUUACCAAGGCGUUCUAGCUGGGAAGAGCAGUGGAAAUGAGGAGAAAUGCCUUGAAGAUCAGCUAACUGAAGCAAAGGUGGCAGUUGGGAAUGCAGAAACAGAAUUGAAACAGUUGAAAACAAAAAUCAGCCAUUGCGAAAAGGAGCUGAAAGAGAAAAAGCAUCAGUUAAUGUCAAAACGUGAGGAAGAAGUUGCCAUAGAGAAUGAACUUAAUGCCAGAAAAAAAGAUGUGGAAAAUGUUAAAUUGGCAUUAGAAUCUCUUCCCUACAUGGAGGGCCAGAUGGAAGCUAUGCAAAAGGAUCGGGCAUCUGAAAUGGAGUUGAUGCAGAAGUUGAAAGACAAAAUACGGGAUCUUUUAGCACAGCUGUCAAAUGUUCAAUUCACAUACCGUGAUCCUGUGAAAAACUUUGAUAGAUCAAAAGUGAAAGGUGUGGUAGCAAGGCUUAUCAAAGUAAAGGAUAGCUCUACAAUGACUGCCUUAGAGGUUACUGCUGGUGGCAAGUUAUUUAAUGUUGUUGUAGACACUGAAAAUACAGGAAAGCAACUACUUCAAAAUGGUGAUCUUCGGAGAAGAGUAACAAUUAUUCCUUUGAACAAAAUUCAAUCUCGCACUGUACCACAAAAAGUUCAGCAGGCUGCUGGUAGAUUGGUUGGCAAGGGAAAUGCAGGACUGGCACUUUCUUUAGUUGGUUAUGAUGAGGAUUUAAGAAAUGCUAUGGAAUAUGUUUUUGGUUCGACCUUUGUUUGCAAAACCAUUGACGCAGCAAAGGAGAUUGCUUUUAAUCGAGAGAUUUCCACACCCAGUGUCACUCUUGAAGGUGAUAUAUUUCAACCCAGUGGUCUUUUAACCGGUGGAAGCCGCAAGGGUGGUGGUAAUUUGUUAAGGCAACUUCAUGAAUUGGCAGAGGCUGAAUCAGACCUUUUACUACAUGAAAGAAAAUUAUCUGAAAUUGAAGCAAAGAUUAUGGACAUCUUGCCUCUUCAUAAAAAGUUCAUAGAUCUUAAAAAACAGCUAGAGCUUAAACAGUAUGACCUGACAUUAUUUCAGGGCAGAGCUGAGCAAAAUGAGCAUCAUAAGCUUGGUGAGUUAGUAAAGAAGAUUGAGCAGGAGCUUGAAGAAGCAAAUUCCAUGGUCAAAGAAAAGCAAGUUGCGUACAAUGAUUGUGUUAGUAUGGUUUUGAUGCUUGAGAAAUCAAUCAAAGAGCAUGAUAAUAAUCGAGAAGGCAGGCUGAAAGACUUGCAAAAAAAAAUUAAGGCUAUAAAAUCCGAAGUGCAGUUAGCUUCAAAGGAGCUCAAGGGUCAUGAGAAUGAAAGAGAGAGACUUAUUAUGGAACAAGAAGCUGUCUUUAAAGAACAGAUAUCUUUGGAGAGUCAAUUAAAUUCAAUGAGAAUGCAAAUUACCCAUCUCAAUUUGGAAGUGGACGAACAAAAAGCCAAGGUUGUUUCCAUUCGUAAAGAUCAUGAUCAAGUUCAAUCUGAGCUCAAUUUGAUCCGUCAAAAGAUGAAGGAAUGUGAUUCUCAGAUUAGUAGCAUUUUGAAGGAGCAGAAACAACUUGAACAUAAUGUCGGCGAGAUAAAGCUUGAGAGGAAGAAACUAGAAAAUGAGGUGAAAAGAUUGGAAAUGGAACAGAAAGAUUGCUCUAUGAAGGUGGACAAAUUAAUUGAGAAGCACGCCUGGAUUGCUGCUGAGAAACCACUAUUUGGAAGAAGUGGGACAGAUUAUGAUUUCAUGUCCCGUGAUCCCUAUAAGGCAAGGGAAGAACUUGAGAAAUUGCAAGCUGAACAAUCAGGCCUUGAGAAAAGGGUGAACAAGAAGGUUAUGGCUAUGUUUGAGAAAGCAGAAGAUGAGUACAAUGAAUUAAUGUCCAAGAAAAACAUCAUUGAGAAUGACAAGUCUAAAAUCAAGAAGGUCAUAGAAGAGCUUGAUGAGAAAAAGAAGGCAACUCUCAAAGUUACUUGGACUAAAGUCAACAAUGACUUUGGAUCCAUUUUUUCUACACUCUUGCCUGGGACCAUGGCAAAGCUAGAACCGCCUGAAGGUUGCAGUUUCCUGGAUGGUCUGGAGGUUCGUGUUGCAUUUGGAGGUGUUUGGAAACAGUCGUUGUCAGAAUUGAGUGGAGGUCAACGUUCUCUGCUUGCCCUUUCUCUAAUCUUGGCACUUCUUCUCUUCAAGCCAGCUCCACUUUAUAUCCUCGAUGAGGUAGAUGCAGCUCUUGAUUUAAGCCACACGCAGAACAUAGGGAGAAUGAUCAAAGCUCAUUUCCCACAUUCCCAGUUUAUUGUAGUGUCAUUAAAAGAAGGCAUGUUCAACAACGCAAACGUUCUUUUCCGAACAAAAUUUGUGGAUGGUGUCUCAACUGUCCAGAGGACCGUUGCUUCGAAGCAGAAUAAAUGAAUUGCUAGUUUGGGGUACUUCGUUGUAGUUUUAUUAUUUCCAUCCACAUACACAUGUUUGAUGGAAUUAUUGUUGUAGUUAGUGUUCUGAGAUUGUCCACUAACCGAUAAUGCUUAUUUAAUCCAUAUGUAAUUAAUUAACCAAAGUUGUAAGUGCGACACAGUUUCUAUUUCUAAAAUUCAUGUUUUCCAA